CCAUUUUUCGAGCACAAGAUUGUUUUCAAGUAACCGCAACGAACGAUGGCGGCCAUGGGCGACACGUCGGGUGACAUACUGCCGGCCAGCGAACAUGUCAAGGACAUAUUGCAAAUGACCAGAGACUCGGAGAUGAUGCAGAGUUACGUAAGGGUGGGCAAAGCCGAGGACGAGGACGGAGCUGACUUGGACGACGACCAGAGCCACGGCCGCGGUCACAGGGGAUCGGGUGUCAGCUGCGUUGGGGGGCUCAGCGUAGAACACGGCGGCGGUUCCGGGGGGAACGUUGGCGGCGUUGGUGAGCGUAAAGGGACGGGUCGGAGAAAGUUGAGGAGGCACGGCGGGCAGGCGGGCCCGGUGACCACGACGUUCAACGAGUUGACGGAAGAGUUCAAGACGCGCAAGACGACCGGCGGAAGUGGCGGUGGCGCAAGAGGAUCGGUAGGAACCGGAACGCUGGGCGGCGUCGGGAGCCUGUUGGCCGGAAGGAGGCACAAGCGCGAUUCCCGGUCCCGGUUGCUGGAAGAAGUGUACACGGACAAGGACCGCGCGGCCGCCGUCAACCUGGGCACAAGGGACAUCAAGGCGUCGUUGCGGAUGAAGCGCCGCCAAGACCGGAACCGGACAUUGCACAUACCAUCCACUGCCGAAUCGCCCACGCUUUUAGCGUUGGCCAGGCACUGCAUGAACGACGUCAAGGUGUCGCUGGACUUUAUCGACAAGGCGUUAGAAUUAAGUCCCAAUGACAAAACGGCAUUGGUGUCCAGGAGCAAAUGUUAUCUACUUCUAGGACAACCGCAGCUGGCGUUGAAGGACGCCGAAGUAGCUCUGCAAGAGGACAGCACGUACUUGAAAGCCAUCUAUCAAAAAGCAGAAGCCCUGUACCACUUGGGUGACUUUGAACACGCUCUUGUGUUCUACCACCGAGGACUGCACGUGCGACCCGAACUCGAACAGUUUCGGUUGGGCGUGCAAAAAGCCAGAGAAGCCAUCGAAAACGCCAUCAGUAAAAUGAAAGACUUGCCGAAAGACAAGUUCGGCGCGGUUGCCAUCGUCGAAGGAAACCCAAUCAAACGGGGAUCGACUCCCAGAAAAGAAGCAAAAAGUCAGUCGAAGCUGUUGCUCAGGGAAUUGUGCGUGGACAAAGACUAUCUGGAACACUUGACAACCGAUCCGAACAUAGUCAGCGCCGUCCGAGACAACAAAAAUCAAAUACUGGCCGAAGCCAUGGACGGUAUACACUUUUUGAACAGCCGAGAAGAAUUUUGGAAACAACAAAAAAUCGUCGGAUAAGCUGAAUAAUUUCUCAUUCGAA